CGGCUCCAUGGAAUAAAUAGAGCCCGCGUUGGCCACCAAAACGGCAUCCCGGCAAGCGCUGAAGGCUGAGUUCUCCCUUUGCUGAGUGUGCAGCUGACAACCGAAUCCAGAAUGAGAUCCCGCUGCCUGCCUGUGCUGUUUGCCCUGCUUCUUACCUGCCACAUCAGCUACGCAGGUAUCUUUGACCCGCUGGUAGGCUGCAGAUGUGCAAAAGUAAGGUCCACCUUCAUCCCAUCUUCAAAAUACUCAAGUGUCAGUAUUUUUCCGCCUGGAAGCGCCUGCAACAAGAUGGAAGUAAUAGAAGGUUCCACUCAUCCACCCACAAAGCACAAUCACUGUGAAUAUCAAGGUGCGGCUGCAAUGAAGGCGUUGAUGGUGGUGUUCCUGGCCUUAGCGCUGCUUGCAAGCAACAUAGUCCCUCUCUGCGGUCUUGCUAUGGAGGGUCGCGUAGUGGGAAGUUGCAAAUGCCAGAAGCACACCGCCUCGGCCUUCGGCCCGAAACAGAUCCAAUCCAUUCAAGUCAUUCCCCGGGGAAUACAGUGCGGAAGGACAGAAAUAAUAUUAACCCUGAAAGACAAGAGGCCGGUCUGUGUGGCACCUACUGCCCAGUGGGUGCAGAAAUUGCUGAAGAGGCUGGUAAACAGGUACGAUUUUGCGUAUUCAGUUAGAGCUGGGGCUCCCUCGGUGACCUCCCUUGGCAGCUACCAAGAUCCUCAGGCCCUCCUUUAA